AUGCGCAGAGGCGAUGAUUACUUGAAGAAACUGAUUGUGGUUGUGACAUUUGCUGUAAAUCAAAACCAAAAGAAUAUAGCAAUAGUGGAUGGUUAUUGUUUUUAUCCAGACGAACGUCACAGUAACUCCAUACCAUGGCACUGUACUCGAAGUAAAACGUGCAAAGCCCGCUUCACUACUUCAAAAGACAAGACAACAGUUCGUAAAAGCAACUUCACCCACACACAUCCACCUCCAAGAUUUCUAAUUAAUAACGGAGUGUACUACCGACUUUCCUGA